AUGACCUCGAAGAGAAGCUUACCUGCGACAUAUAAUAUGCGUUCAAGGAGGACGUACUGGACAUCGGAACCCUUUCCCGCCCGGGCAGAACAAGGUAACAGGCCAUCUCCUACUUACCUUGUGAGGAUCUUGUGCCGACCAGGGUACGAAGAGACUCCAAGACUGUUUGGUCGACAAAUAGGCGCUUUCAUAGCGUUCAAAAGUCCCCUCUUGUGGAUCAAAUCUCAACACAUGAUCACCUGUGCGCUAGCGGGGCAGGGACAACUGGCAAUAAUAGCUAAUAAUUUGAAAAAUAUGGGCAAAGUACGGAGUACGGAGCCUCGACGGGUUCAUCCACACGAGCCCGGAGUACCCCGUAAAGGGGACCUUUUGUCGGGUGGUGAGCUUAGGGACCAAGAAUUUGGCCACAAGCCCUGAUUUAUCCGAGGAGAAAAUAUGGGAUUUCCUCCCAGAAUAGUUGCGGAGUUGCGCCUCCUCGAAUUCCACCGAGGGUGCGCUUAUCCCAGGGAUCUGUAAAAAUUUUCGCUCGGAUUUUUUUUUGCCAUCGUGGAGUUAAUGGUGUUGGUCACGACGUUUGUUUCCCGUCGACCAUUGGAUCCCCGCCGAGAUAUAAAUACUGGGGAGAACAACUGUACAAGAUGGAGAAAAGAAAAAAAAAAAAAGGAUAUUCGUGGAUUCGUAACUAACGGCUUUGAGCAGCAGCGAACUUAUUUCUGAGACACUUCGAAGUGAGAUGGCCACAAGCUUCCUCAUCCACCGAUUCGCACCACUUUGGUCAUGACUUCAUCCUCCCAGCCAACAUGGCUUUUUCAGUCAUGAGGAACAGUUUGAACAGCACCAGUAUCAGAUUGAUCCUCUGCUAGUAAGCUUCAAGCGCUGAAGUAACUUGACUCCGUGCCUAAAGUUUGGCUGGUGAUCGAUC